UGGAUACUUCAAAUCACCCACCAGGGAACAUCUGACUUGGAGGCCCGAAUUUGUUCCUCCUUCAUAAAUUGGAGGAGUUGUACACUUACUUGCAAAAUGUGAUCAUUAUUUCAGUAGUGCUUUUGAGCGAAAUAUUUUCUUUUUUCAAAAUGUGUAUUCAUAGUUGCUACGUCUAAAACUGAGUUUGUUAGAGUUUGGACCCGCAGAUAUUUGGUAGUUUUUUUCCCUUGUCUCCCGGAUUCAUUCAUUUCUUUCAUAACCUCCUGUUGCAUGAUGAUGCACUGAAUGUGCUUUGGUUUUGGAUAUAGGGUGGUGGAUGGGACGAGACUGAUGAUCCUCUCUGUGGGAUUACAGGAAGAUUGAUAGUUUUCUGUCUUAAGAAACAAAGCGAGGUGUUUUUCAGUAGAACCCAGGACCGGUAUUCUGAUUGUGACCAUUUCAAUGUUUUUAGGUUUAUGUGAUUUUGCUAAAAUGCAUCACCAACAGCGAAUGGCUGCCUUAGGGACGGACAAAGAACUGAGCGAUUUACUGGAUUUCAGUGCGAUCCAAAAAUGCGACUUGAAAAAUUACCCACCAUUCAUGAUGUUUUCACCACCUGUGAGCAGUGGGAAAAACGGACCAACCUCUCUGGCAAGUGGACAUUUCACAGGAUCAAGUAUGGAAGACAGAACAAACUCUGGGUCUUGGGGAAAUGGAGGACAUCCUAGUCCAUCCAGGACCUAUGGUGAUAAUGCUGCCUAUGACCACAUGACUAGCAGAGACCUAGGAUCACACGACAGUCUGUCCCCUCCUUUCGUCAAUUCCAGGCUAACAAGCAAAUCAGACAGAGGCACUUUCUCAUCUUAUGGGAGGGAUUCACAGUUACAAGGCUGCCACCAGAAAAUGUUACUGAGAAAUCAGCGGCACUGCAUCUCAAGGCCCGGCUCACUGCCUUUAACACCUUUGAGGCAUUCUGCUCUGGAUUUAGACCAGCAGAGUCUCCUUGGGAGUGACAUGGAUAUGGGCAGUAGCCCGAGUGCACUUUCACCAACGAAGUCCGGUUCACAGUACUACCAGUAUUCCAGCAAUAACUCCCGACGAAGAACACUGCACAGUAACUCUAUUGAAAUUCAAGCAAAGAAAGUUCGCAAAGUUCCUCCAGGUUUACCAUCCUCUGUAUAUGCUCCUUCUGCAAGCACAGCCGAUUACAACAGGGACUCACCCGGAUAUCCAUCAUCCAAACCCCCAGCUAGCACUUUUCCUGGUUCCUUCUUCAUGCAAGAUGGACAUCAUAGCACUGAUCCAUGGAGUUCCUCCAGUGGAAUGAACCAACCUGGUUAUGGUGGUAUGCUGGGCAAUUCUUCUCAUAUUCCACAGUCUAGCACCUACUGCAGCCUGCAUCCUCACGAACGCUUGAGCUAUCCAGCCCACACCUCUUCAGACAUCAACUCCAGUCUUCCUCCGAUGUCUUCUUUCCACCGCAACAGCAGUAGCGGCAGCACAAACCACUACAGCACUUCAUCAUGCACCCCGCCUGCCAACGGAACAGACAGUAUAAUGGCGAGUCGAGGAAGUGGAGCAGUAGGCAGCUCGCAGACUGGCGAUGCACUGGGGAAGGCGCUUGCAUCAAUUUAUUCACCGGACCACACAAACAAUAGCUUCUCAUCAAAUCCUUCAACACCGGUUGGUUCACCACCUUCUCUCACAGCAGGCACAGCUGUUUGGUCCAGGAAUGGGGGACAGGUACCAUCAUCUCCAAAUUAUGAAGGUCCAUUGCACUCUUUGCAAAGUCGAAUUGAAGAUCGCUUAGAACGACUGGAUGAUGCCAUUCACGUGUUGCGGGAUCACGCCAUGGGACCUUCAACAGCAAUGCCUGGUAGUCAUAGUGACAUGCAUGGACUAAUAGGACCAUCACAUAAUGGAGCAAUGGGAGGUCUUGGGUCAGGAUACGGAACAGGUCUGCUUUCGGCUAACAGACAUUCGCUAAUGGUGGGAGCCCAUCGUGAAGAUGGCGUCGGUCUUCGAGGCAGCCACUCACUUGUGCCAAAUGCAGUGUCAGUACCACAGCUCCCAGUGCAAUCAGCAACCUCCCCAGACUUGAGCCAGUCCCAGGAUCCUUACAGAGCAAUGUCGAGUGGAUUACAAGGGCAAAGCAUGUCAUCUGGAAGCUCUGAAAUUAAAUCUGAGGAUGAGGGAGACGAGAAUCUUCAAGACACGAAGUCAUCUGAUGAGAAGAAAUUAGACGACGACAAGAAGGAUAGCAAAUCAAUUACUAGGUCAAGAUCUAGCAAUAACGAUGAUGAAGACCUUACACCAGAGCAGAAGGCAGAGCGAGAGAAAGAAAGAAGGAUGGCAAACAAUGCUCGAGAGCGUCUGCGUGUACGAGACAUCAACGAAGCAUUCAAGGAGCUAGGUCGCAUGGUACAGCUGCAUCUGAAGAGUGACAAGCCUCAGACAAAACUGUUAAUUCUGCACCAGGCAGUGGCUGUUAUUCUGAGCCUGGAGCAGCAGGUUCGAGAAAGGAACCUUAAUCCAAAAGCAGCUUGCCUGAAGAGAAGAGAAGAAGAAAAGGUUUCUUCAGAGCCACCACCACUUUCUCUUGCAGGGCCUCAUCCUGGAAUGGGAGAUACAUCCAAUCACUUAGGACAGAUGUGAAUACUACAGGUCCAAGUUGCCACCUUUGUUAUAUAUGAGUGAGAGACCACUUCCUUGAAAAACUGUAUUAUCUUAAACCUGCAUAAACACUUUUCCUGCCCCAUCCCCCUUAUUGUAAGACAAGUCUGAGUAGUAAUGAAUCACAGACGCAAAAUAUUUCAUCAUUCCCGCUAUUUAAAGUGCAACUUGAGUGGACAACUCUUUACACAUAUCACCUGGAAUGUUUGAAACAGUAUAUCUGAAGCUGUCGUGCACAGCCUGGUGACUAAAUGGCAAUCUUCUCCACACUGUGGAACAAUGCAUUUUGUGCCUGAACUUCUUUUGAGAAAAAAAUAUAAUCAAUUUGUAAGUGAGAAAAUAAAUAUUUAAUUUAAAAUGGUAAAACUUGCAAUAAUGAAAAAGUGUACUUCUGAAGAAAAGGAGGAAUAAAUGAACAUUUUUGUUGGUGUUCUAGUCAGCUAGUGUUUAUAUUUACAGAAUUAAACAAGGGAAGCUUUGCUGCCCAUAUAUCUAAACCAGCAAAUGUAAUGAAGACUUAAGUGAUGACAUUAGCCAUUCCUUAGCACAGGAGGAGCAGAUGGACCUUAUAGACCUAUGAAUAUAUAUACAUAUAAAUAUAUAUAUAUAUAAAUAUAUAUACAGAGAUAUACACACAUGAAUACACUUUAAAGCAUUAUUUUGUUUGAAUUGUUCAUUUAUUAUUUCCUUGUAGCAUUAGUCUAAAGUUUUUUUUAGGAAACCUUUUCAGAAUUGAGUAUUUUUGUUUUUUAUGUGUGUCACUUGAAAAGACUGUAGCAGCAGCGGUCUGUUUAGAGUCAAUGUGUGGACUGAUGAUACACAAUGGACCCUUCUGCCAACAUUGAUUAAUGAGAGGCAGGAUUGCUGCUUCUGUCUGAGAAGACAACACAGGUCACUUAAAAUUGUUCUGGAAUCUCGAUAAUAGCAAGUACCACUUCUGAAAAUUGACUGGAUUAUUGUAUUUGUGGUUUAUUCGCUGCUCUUGUGAUCCCAGAGUGGGAAGCUAGAAGAACAAUAAUAGAACGCAACAACUUUACCAGCGUGCCUUCCAAUGUUUAUUGCAAUGAGGAGUUGGUCGACAUGUUAGUUCUGGAAUUUCAAUCAAAAUAUUUCCUAGUUGUAGCUAUCUGUGUAGCUAGAUAUAUAUAUGCAGUGUGUACUUCAAGACACCUUGUGGAUUUUGCAAUUACCCUAAAAAUUGCUACAUCUAAUGAACAUGACUGUAUGUAGUUUGUGGUCUGUAGGUAACGUAACAUAUUUCCUGCCUGCUCCUUAAUUCUUUCAAGACCCAAUAGAAAACUGCAGCCCUACAGUAAGCCUUAUCAACCUUGAAGCAUAACAUUGCACACUAUUAAGGAGUGAGGCAGUACAUGGGGCCCUGGCCAGUAUGAAAUAAAAUUGAUGCUAGCAUUCCAUGCCUGAUGAGCACUUGGAUAAUGAUGCCUUCUGGAUCAACCUUAGUAGAGAGACUGAGGUACUUAAUGGAGGCAUUUACAUGGUACACUGUACAGAACAGGUGAAGCUGAUUCGAUGACUUAUGGUGGUGUGUCACAGCGUAGUGGCAGUAUCUAGAGGUUCCAUGUAAUGGAGGUGAUCCCUCUGCCCGAGCCUUUCCAGCCAGAUUGCACUGCCUGUACACGUUGAUUUUUCAUUAAGGAAGACGACAUUAAGUGUAAUACCCACUUUGACACUGUUAGCUAAGUGAUAUAACUUGGAAAUAAAGGUCUAAGCGUUCCAUCUGUUCUCUCUCUCUUUGACAGUUACAGUGAUGAGAACAUUUGUAAAUUUUAUGCAACAAAUGGCAAACGGUAUCAUUAUUUUGAAAUUGUGUAUGUAAAAGUUAUAUUUUUACAUGUAGACUUGUUAUGUGUUUUAAUACAUUGUAUCAGUUUUUUGUUCAAAAAUAAUUCUGUGUGGUUGAAAAAAUGUGUCAUUUAAUGAAGUAGUGAGAUAACAGGAAUCUGAAGUUUAUGUUUGUAUUUCUGAGAAUUUUAUGAAAAGAGAACAAAUGAGAUAGUCACAGCAUAAUCACCUGCUACAACCCCAUUACAAUUUUAGAUGUGUAUUAAACAAAAUCUGUAAAUAAUUUUUCAAUAGGAAUGAAGUUUAAAUGGUAAGAUUCUUGUUUAGAAAUUGUUAGGGGUGUGGAGGUGGAUUCACUGGGCAAAUAAUCAUGCUUUGUUGGUCAGUAAUAUGUUCUGGAAUCUAAUACUUGUGCAGAUGCUCUUGGAGAUAUGUAUUUUUUUUCCAUAGUGCUGUUUAUAAACCCAUAAGAUGCACUGUCAUUUCAAUAAGAAGCAAACAAAAUGUUUUAUCUUUGAAGGAAACAAACUUUUUAUAUUCUGCAAAGGCUGAUAAAAUAUGUUUACUUAAUGAAAAGUAAAAUUAUAAAAAAAAAACAGUUUCUUGCCCCAGGAUUGAAACUAUAUGCAGGGUUUCAGCCAUCUAUACUUCUGUAAAUUAUUUAUUGAGUGAUUUAUUUUUAUGAAAAUGACUUUAAUGGGCUGCCACAGCUACUACCCUCAAUUGGAGUUAUUGGUUCAGUUACCUUAGGCACUUGAAUUCAUGAAAUUGGUUCACUUACCUUAGGCAUUUGAAUUCACGAAGACACUUUGGUUCAUUUUCCACACUGCGUUUGUAUUACUGCCAUAAUGUACAGUGGUACUGCACCUGUUAAAAGAUAUAUGGCAAGUACUGUUUUAUAUGUGCAUCCUAAUGAUGAAUUAAGCACAAUAAAAAUAACUAUUUUCUGGCAAAUUUUGUUUAUAAUGGAUUCGUUGAAAAUAAAUCAGCUAAAUUAAUUAAUUGCUUUAGUAUUUUUUUUUAGAAUAUUGAUUUUUAGCAGUGGCAGCCUAAUUGGCCAGUUAAACUUCUUUACUUAUUUAAUUUUCUUUAAAAGAAUAUGUAAAAUAGCCAAGGAUAAUGCACAUUUCUGAAAUUAUGAGAAAACAGGGCAGUAUGCCCCCACCCCUAACAUUCAAAUCUUCUGUCAUUACUUUGUGCCUAAAAUGCUAAAGUACAGUGGCUGAUGUCUAAGCUUGAAAACAUCCUAGAAACUGUUACACUGCAUGCUGGUUGUUAUAAGCUUGAAAACAUCGCAGAAACCGUUACACUUCAUGCUGGUUAUUAUAAGCUUGAAAACAUCGCAGAAACCAUUGCACUGCAUGCUGGUUAUUAUAAGCUUGAAAACAUUGCAGAAACCGUUACACUGCAUGCUGGUUAUUAUAAGCUUGAAAACAUCACAGAAACUGUUACACUGCAUGCUGAUUAUUAUAAGUUUGAAAACAUUGCAGAAACCGUUACACUGCAUGCUGGUUAAUUUAAGCUUGAAAACAUCGCAGAAACCUUUACACUGCAUGCUGGUUAUUAUAAGCUUGAAAACAUCGCAGAAACCGUUACACUGCAUGCUGGUUAUUACUUUGAGAGCAAUGUGUCAUCAGAAUUGAAAAACAAUUUACUGUUAAGAGAGCCUGAAUUUCCGUGUCCCUAUGUUUCUUAUCGGUUGUGUCAUCAGCUCUUGAUAUAAUACACAGCUAGAUUGUAACAAGCUGUAGAAAGAAUACUGCAACAUUUGAAAACAUUGGCCAUUGUCUAGGACUUGAUCCUAGACUUCCUGCAUUCCAGGCAAUUGUCACUGCCUUCCUUGGUCCUGGUUUCCAGUCCCAGACAAGGGCCAAUAUAUUUCUUUCAUAUUCCUUGAUUAUACCAAUGCCAGUCAUAGUCUUUCUACUGCAUUUGUGUGUGUGUGUGUGUGUGUGUGUGUGUGUGUGUGUGUGUGUGUGUGUGUGUGUGUGUGUAAUUGACUUUCCAGAAUACAUUCAGCAAGAUUAAUAGGUACCUAUUUGGCUUUUUAGAUGCUGAUGCAUUCUGGAAGGCUGAGAAUGCACUUGUAGUUUAACUGAUACACAACAGCUAAUGUUUAAAUGUGAAUACAUCUCAAUUAAAAGCAGGUAUUUUGUAAUGGUUUGUAUUGUUCUGCCAGUAUAACAUUUAUAAAGGAACGUUAAGAAAACAUUUGCACAUAUGUCAAGUUUCAUACAGAAAUAUUCACCAGAAAAGUAUGUGAGCCCUUGUUUUGAAUGUGCAUGUCUGCUCUACACUAACAUUUACAUGCUAUUUUUAGCCAGGUAGUUUACUGUCCAACAAAGUCUCAACACUGAAGCCCAGUUACAGUUUUUUUUUUUUUUUUUUUUUUUUUUUUUGCAGCUGACAAAAUCUGAUCUGUAAUAUUAGAAAACACUCACUAUAUGUGUGUGAUUUAAAAUUUAGCAGGAAAGCAGGAAAUGCUGUUUUGUGGGCAUUCCAAAGUCAAUGUGGUAAUGAAAUGUAAAAAAAAAAAUUUUUUUCAAACAGCACUUUGUAAGCACCACCUCCUCAUCCCUGUUAUUUAUAAACAUGCAGACCAUGAAACGUUCAUGUGUGGAAUGCUGCCAUUUGUCUUUCAUAUAACUGCUACAAACACUAAUGCUUACAUAAGUCAGUCCUACCAGUGAUGCAACUUGUAUUGAUUCAGUCUUCCGAUUUUUUUUUUUUAGGAUCCAUUUCAUCUUUCUAUCCAACAAGCAGACAUUUAUACUCUUCAAAAAUAAAUGCAGAAUCAGAAAAAAUGUUUAGUAACAUAAUCAAGCACAAAAGAUAAUUAAAAGAGCCCACUAGCUGACUGGAAGUAAUAAAGUAGAUGAGAAUAUUUUAAUUAUGAUGCAAUGGGGCACCAAGGUCUUCAGACCUAAUUUUGUUGCAUUUUUUCCUUGUCAUUUAUUUUUCAUGGGACUCUUAAUUCACCUUUGUACAGUGCUGGUUUGACCAUGGUCAUUUCAAGUAUUAUAGAUAUGUAAUGGUGAAACUAUAUGAACUGUGGCCUUUUUUCAUUCUUGUUACUUGUGAUGCAAUUAAGUGAAGAUAAGAAACAGCAGAGAAUUACCAUGUAUCAGUGCCUGGCUUUUUGUUAUAAAGCUUCUUUUGUCUAGUGCUCUUUUGCUAUAAAAUAGAUUGUAGUACACCCUAUUAGAAAAAAAAACCUAAAUUUAAAAAUAAAAAUAUAUUUGGCUUAUUUUUUCGCAGGAGCAAUCCUUUUAUACCAUGUGUAAUGAUAAAAAUCAGAUUCUGAAUUUUUCUCUUUGUAGAUUUUUGGAAUCAGUCUGAGUAAAAGUUUGUUACUUUAUUUUACUAUUUAAAGAUGUUAUUUUACCAUGUGUUAUGGAAAUGAAACUUUAUGGUCGCAGUUUUAUUCAGCUGUAGGUCGCAACUGUGUUUUUUCUGUUAAAUUUUAUUUUUCCUUCCUUUUUUUUUGUUUUGUUUUUUUUUUUUUUUAAUGUUUGCGACAUACAUGUAGGUGCAGCAGUAAGUACAGUUACACUUUGUUCUAAUGUGUGGCUGAGUGCCUCAACUUCGCCAUGUUUUUGAUGUAAUUCUAAUUUGUAAAAGUGUCCAAACAGGUUGUGUGCUGGAGUUCCUUAUAAUAAAAGAGAAAAAAAAAGAAAAAAAAAAAUACCAACUCAGUGUAGGCCAUUACCUGUUUCAUCAUCUGUACAGUAGUUACUCAAUGCAGUCAUGUACAUGACCGUUCUGUAGCAAUAAAUGUGCCAUUUUUGUAAA